AUGACAUCUCCCUUCUCUCCUAGAGAUGCGAACAACACAAAAGUCUUUACCUUGGAUGCUAGGAAGGCCAAGGGAAACACCAAACUUGCUGCUCGUACGUGCUAUGUUAAUAAUCAACCUUUGUUUGUGUUAGAUGAUUGUGGAGCGACACACUCCUUUAUUUCUAAUCAGCGUGUAAAACGACUUGGUUUUGAAGCAAGUCUCCUUCCUAAUCCUAUGAUUAUAUCUUCUGCUACUGAUGACAUAGUGGAUGCUCAAAAGAUCUGUAAGGACUGGUUGUCAGCUAACUCGAUAUACAUUGGAUGCAAAGAGAAGGCUAUUUUCAUUCCUGCUGAGGAGAAUACUCCAAUUGAUGUUAUUGGUAAUCUGAUUGAAGGUACAUUUAACAUGGUUAACUAUCUUCUUGCACAAGAAAAGUCUUUUCUUUUGAUUCUCACCACGAAAUCAGAAGAUAAGAAGAAUGUGUCAGAGAUUCCUAUUGUAUGCGAAUUUCCUGAUGUUUUUCCCGAGGAUGUCACUUCUCUCCAACCAUAA